AUGAGAGCGAACGUGCCUGUUUUUGCCGGUCUGCUGUCCCUCGCGGCCCGGACCGGCAGGGCCGAUCCAACAUGGCCUGCCGCUACCGACCACAUGGAGGAGAUCGUCUAUCAGCUGCAGGGAUUCCAGGGCAGUCUGUUCAACGACAUCAUUACGCCCUGCAACAAUGAAGCGGCGGGGCCUGGCCGUAUCACGGCAAGCGAGUGGCUGCGCGUGGGCUUCCAGUAUGUCGACAUGGCGCCGCACAACCGCUACUUCGGCACCGGCGGUCUUGACGGCUCGAUCCAGUUCGAGCUCAACAACGGCGAGAACACGGGCCCCGGCCACGCCACGACGUUGCAGUUCUUUGCCAACUACCUGACCAGCCGCUCCAGCCUGGCCGACCUGAUCGCUGCCGGAGUGUACGCCUCGGUCCGGUCCUGCGGCGGUCCCAUCAUCCCACUGAAGUUGGGGCGCCGCGAUGCGACCUCGGGAGGCAGCGGCGUCCCGCAGCCGCAAAACUCUCUUCUGACCUUCCAGCAGCAGUUUGACCGCAUGGGCUUCACCCCGACCGAGAUGAUCCAGCUCGUGGCGUGCGGCCAUACGCUAGGUUCCGUCCACAGCAGCGAGUUUCCCCAAAUCGUUGCUGCCAGCGACGGCCAAAUCGGCCUCGACUCGACGAACGCGGCCUUUGACAACUCCGUGGCCACGGAAUAUGUCUCGGGCACCACCAAGAACCCGCUCGUCGUUGGGCCUUCGAGAACCAACGGCCGCAACUCGGACGGCCGGAUCUUCGCUUCGGACGGAAACGCCACGAUCCGGACUCUGACAGAUGCCGCCACGUUCAGCAGCGUCUGCCAGACCAUGCUCCAAAAGAUGAUUGAGGUCGUCCCGUCCGACGUCACGCUGACCGGCCCUAUCGCGCCCUAUGCCGUCAAGCCGGUCGACAUGCAGCUGACGCUGAACUCGGGCGGCACGACCUUCUCUCUGAGCGGCUACAUCCGAGUCCGGACCACGGAGCUCCCGGCCAGCUCGAUCAAGAACGUUGUUUUAACCUGGAAGGACCGCAACGGCGGGAACAGCUGCGGGUCAUCCACGACUUGCUCGGUGACGGCCACGCUGCAGGGCGUCUCGACCGGGUUUGACGACAGCUUUGGUUUCUUUCCCAUCCAGGCCACGAUCCCGGCUGCGUCCGGUAUCUCGUCUUUCACUGUCGUUGUCAACCUCAAUGACGGCUCGAGCAAGACGUACGACAACAACGGUAACUCGUACCCCAUGUCUGACGCCGUUGUCCUGCAGAAGCCGCAGAGCUGCCUGCUCCAGGGGACGGGCGCCCUCACUGUUUCCGCUCUCGUCCGCAACGACAUCGUGGGUCUCCCCGUGAACCUGGGCGUCUCGUAUCUGGUCCCGCGGAAUACGACCAACGGCAACCCAGUCCCGGCCCUGACCGAGGCGACUAUUCCGAUGGCCGAGGGCGACUGUGUGGGCCAGUACACGUUCUACACGGCCAGCUUUACCGUCAUUGGCGGCCAAAGCUACAACGCCAGAAUCAGCGUGUCAGCCGGCUCCGGUGCCACUGCCUACACCGAUGACUUCAACAAGGCCAGCGAGCUGUCCGGCACCUGUGGCACCUUCUCCGGCGGCGCUACCUGCUCCAAUAUCACGGUUACGUCCACGUCCUCCCUUCCAACGUCGACGUCUUCCGUGUCCGUCACAGGCUCGACCAGCGUCCCAGCCACCACCACGAGCUCCAGCAGCUCGACAGGAAUCCCGACGCCGGCGAUCAAGCCGACCGUCGGUGGCUACGUGUUUGUCGACUGCUGGACCGAGGGGACGGGCGUGCGGGCGCUCAGCGGCGCUGCGUUUGCUUACGACGAGAUGACGCUCGAGUCGUGCAUGGCCAACUGCACCGGCUUCGACUACUGGGCCACCGAGUAUGGAAGGGAGUGCUACUGCGGCAACAGCCUCCACUCGAGCAGCACCGAGGCGCCGGCCGAGGAUUGCAACAUGGUCUGCGGCGGCGAUCCCACCGAGUUCUGCGGUGCCGGAAACCGGCUCGAGCUGUACUCGACCACGGCGACCCGAACGUCUGCGUCCGCCACGGCCACCCCCACCGCCACUCUCGCGGUCAAGCCGACCGUGGGCGCUUACUCCUUCGUGGGAUGCCAGACGGAGGCGACGGGCAUGAGGGCCCUGUCUGAGAAGGGAUAUGCCGAUGACUCCAUGACGCUGGAGUCCUGCGCGGCAUACUGCAGCGGCUUCACCUACUUCGGCACUGAAUACGGCCGGGAAUGCUACUGCGGUAACAGUCUGAAUGCCGGCAGUAAGCCCGCUCCUGUGACGGAAUGCAACAUGGUGUGCGCUGGCGAUGCGACCGAGUACUGUGGCGCCGGUAACCGUCUGGAGCUUUACAGACUGACAAGCGUAUCCUCCACGACUAGCCCGUCAUCCUCGGAAGCCACCGCAACCACUUCUGCCUCUCCCACCACCGCCACCACCACCACCGCCACCAUAGCCAGGAAGCCCACCGUAUCCCCCUACACCCACGUCGGCUGCUGGACCGAGGGCAGCAACGCCCGCGCCUUGGAUGCCAAAGCCUACACCUCGGGCGACAACAUGACGCUCGAGAACUGCGCCGCCUUCUGCGCCGGCUACAAGUACUUCGGCGCCGAGUACUCCGCCGAGUGCUACUGCGGCAACUCGCUCGCCCCGUCCUCCGCCAACGCCUCCUCCCUCGACGAAUGCUCCAUGCCCUGCUCGGGCAAUCCCUACGAAUACUGCGGCGGGCCCAACCGGCUGGAGCUGUACUCGACCGACAACUACACCGCGCCCUCGGGCCCGUCUCAGCCCGCUACCGUGCGCAGCAGCGGCGGAACCACCUGGAACUUUUACCAGUGCGUGGCCGAGCCCACCACGGGCGGCGUCCGCGCGCUCUCGGCCGACGCCCACGCCGCUGAUGACCUGACGCUGGAGGGCUGUGCGGCCUACUGCGAGGGGUACGCGUACUUUGGGGCCGAGUAUGGGCGGGAGUGUUACUGCGGAAACGAGCUUGCUGCGGGCGCCGAAGAGGCACCCGCGGGCGACUGCUCCAUGCCGUGCGCGGGCGACGAGGGCCAGGUGUGCGGGAGCGGGAAUAGGUUGAGUGUGUAUUCCAAGGCGGCGUAGGUAGUUGAGCUGCUAUUUUGGAGAGAUUUGAUCUAAGUAUUUGGAUGCUUUGUGCUCAUGGUGGGAGUUUUUUAAUUCGGCGAACUUGGAGAGAUGCUCCCCGGCGGUAAUGAAUAAACUGGAAUCGAUGGCAUAUAUGGGCGUACAGUAGACAUGGGAAAAGGGAGUCCUACUCACCAUAUCAAGUACAUACGUACAUAGAUCAAACGUCAAGUUGUUUGUCCGAACAUGCAUAUAAGUCUACAUCC